UCUGCCUGUCUGUCUGUCCACUCAGCGCUCACACAAACACUCUGCAUUAUCUCCAUUUAAUCCCAACACACACACAGAGAGAUAGAAUAUGCUAAAACUAUGUCGUAGCACUAAUUGAUGACAGAGUGUUUGAAUGAAUCCGCGUCACAGACAACUUUACUUGACGUUUAUUCUGCAGCCAAAACAAACGGCUCUGUCGCGGAUCUCGUGGAUCUCGUCCUCUCUCGUGGAUCUGUAGUCCUCUGUCGCGGAUCUAGAGUCGCUUCUCGUGGAACUGUACUCGUCUCUUGUGGAAUUAUAGUCCUCUGUCGUAGAUGAUGUGACCUCAUGCGCUGUCUUCUUCUUCUUCUUCUUCUUGUGGUUCUUGUGGGUUCUUGUGGGUUCUUGUGGUUCAGGUUUUUCCAGAACGUCAGUAUGAAUCCUCAGCAGCGGAUCGCCGCUCUCGGAACAGAUAAGGAAUUAAGUGACUUGCUGGAUUUCAGUGCGAUGUUCUCUCCACCUGUGAGUGGAGGAAAGAUCAGAGCCACCACACUUGGCAGCAGUCAGUUCAGUGCAUCAGGUGUGGACGAGCGGAGCAGCCACACAUCCUGGACCACAGCUGGUGACUCCAGUCCGACGCGUGAGAGCUCGAGGGGUUUUGCAGACAGCCCUCAUUACAGCGAUCAGCUGACUGACAGUCGGUCCCAUGAAGGAGUGUCUUCACCGCCUUUCAUCAAUUCAAGCAUCAUGGGGAAAACAGAGAGAGCUUCGUUUGCUGCUUACAGCAGAGAAACAGCAGCGUCUGUCAGUCAGCCUCUGAAGUCGAGUCCCAGUGCUGUGGCUUCUUCAGGGAAAUCAGCUGCUCCGUUCUACUCCUUCACUGGAGCCAAUCCCAGAAGACGUUCUCUGCAGGAUCCUCCGCCCGCUGAUGCUCGACAAACAAAAAAGGUUCGCAAGGUCCCUCCUGGUCUGCCUUCAUCUGUGUACGCACCGUCUCCAAACUCCGAAGACUUCAGCAGAGACUCGCCGUCGUUCUCUCCUAAACCGUCCGGCAGCAUGUUUUCCAGCUCGUUCUUCGAUGGAACCCACGGUUCGUCUGACCCGUGGACCUCGUCCAGUGGGAUCAGUCCGCCUGGUUAUGGGAUGCUGGCAGGAUCUUCAUCUCACAUGCCACAGUCAGGGAACUACAGCAGCCUGCACACACACGAGCGCCUGAAUUACCCGGCACACACAGUCUCUCCAGACAUCAGUGCCAGUCUCCCUCCCAUGUCCAGCUUCCACAGAAGCAACAGCAGCACUUCACCGUUCGUCACCGCAGCACACUCCCACUCUGUCACCGCGACUGAUGGAGUCAUGACUGCUGCGAGUCGGGGGAACGUCACCGGGAGCUCACAGACCGGAGACGCACUGGGCAAAGCUUUAGCCUCGAUUUACUCUCCUGACCACACCAGCAGCAGUUUUCCCUCUAACCCGUCCACACCUGCGGCUUCUCCUUCACCUCUGACGGCCACAGGGGGCGCCGCCUCCGCUGCCACCGUGGUGACCGCUGCCGGCUCCACGUCUGCAAGAGCAGGAACCAACCAGUGGCCCCGUGCUAGUGGACAAACUCCGUCCUCUCCAAAUUAUGAGAACUCCCUUCACUCAUUGAAGAACAGAGUUCAGCAGCAGUUACAUGAGCAUCUCCAGGAUGCCAUGUCUUUCUUAAAGGAUGUCUGCGAGUCUCGGAUGGAGGAUCGUCUGGACAGAUUAGACGAUGCGAUCCUGGUCCUGAGGAACCAUGCCGUGGGCUCCACCGCCACUCUGCCCGGCGACAUCCACAGUCUGCUGGGACAGAAUGGACCAAUCGCAGCCCUCGGAGCAAACUUCCCCGCCUCUGCAUUGGUUCAGAGUCGGACUGCAGCGAUGCAGCAGGGCGGAGCCCACGCUGACGACGCUGUCAGUCUGAACAACAGUCAUGGAGGGUUACCAAGCACUGGCUCCACAUCCAGCUCAGACCUCAACCACCAGGUGGAAACGUUCAGAGGUCUCGCGUCGGCGCUGGCCGGUCAGCUGCCCGCCACCCUGGAGCUGAAGGUGGAGAGACAGGACAAGGAGGACGCGCAGGACAGUCUGUCCACGGACGGCAGGUCUGACGACGAGAAGACGUCCAGGUCCGGCCCGCCGCGCUCCAGGUCUGAGGGCCGGUGGACUCCCUCUCUGUCUCACAGCAUCACUGAAGACGAUUCAGACCUGAAUCCAGAGCAGAAGGCCGAGCGCGAGCGCGAGAGGAGGAUGGCGAACAACGCUCGCGAGCGGCUGCGCGUGCGAGACAUCAACGAGGCGUUCAAGGAGCUGGGUCGCAUGUGUCAGCUGCACCUGAAGAGCGAGAAGCCUCAGACCAAGCUGCUCAUCCUGCAUCAGGCCGUGGCUGUCAUCCUGAGCCUGGAGCAGCAGGUCAGAGAGCGGAAUCUGAACCCUAAAGCAGCGUGUCUCAAAAGAAGGGAGGAGGACAAAGGGACGGGACGCUCUGCUGACGCAGGAGUUCAUCCAGCUCUGACCGACACGCCCAACCCCAUCAGUCAUCUCUGAGCACACAGGUCAAAGUGAUCCACAUCAUCUCUGUCCUGUUUGGAGUCGGUGACCUUGUUUCCCAGCGACAGACAGACAGACAGACAGACAGACAGACAGACUGACAGACAGACAGACAGAGUCCUAAGACUGAGGAAGAGCCGAGCGUCCUGCUCCCUGUGACCGGCUCAUAUUUGCAAAUCUAUCCCCACAAAGAAAAGUGUGAGCGUGAGGAGUCAGCGUGGAAAGUGGAAACUGCCUCGUGCCUAAACUCAGUUGACGAAUGCGUUGAUUUAGUUUCUUUUAAUAUUUAUUGUGUUGUACGGCUAUGACGUGUUUGUCUAAAGGGAAAGUUAAGGGAAAGUUAAGUCAAUCUGUGGCUUUUCAGUCCAUCUAAAGUUUGUCACUAUGAAAACUGAACACUCCCCUUCUGCUUCUGCUCAGUCUCUGAUGAGACUGAGAUUAAUUUAUUGGCCAGAUUAGAAUGAUAUUUAUACCCCACUGAAAAUUAGACCCCAUUUGUUUUUUGUUUUUUUGUUUUUUAAAAAAAAGAAGGAUAUAUUAUUUAUACUUAUAUUGUAUUAAUUCUGCCACAUGCUGGUUUAGAUGAUAAUUGAUCGUUUAGAUGAGUUUCUGUGGAAUAUUAGGCCGUCAGAGAAGGAUCAAUUAUGUGGAUUAACAAAGGCAAACUCUCGUUUUACUGAAAGCUCUCAGUUUGUUCCUCAGUCGUAUUUUAGUGUCUUAACUAAAGGAAAGUGGGCGUGGCUGCCCUUGACUUCCUUCCCUUCCUUUGCCAUAAAGUGUUCAGAGUUCCUGGUGACACUUAUUACACUUACUCUCCUGACGUCAUCACACAAGUGGCUUGUUUUUUAUUUUUCUUCUUUCUCUCAUUUUUCUUUCACCAGCUUUUCAGAGCUUAAUGAAUAAAUAAUAACGAUAAUAAAGACUAAAAUAAACGACGACCACAUCUCUACCUGGCCUGAUGAAGAAACCACAUUUUAUUGGAUUUUAUUUUUCUGUCUGUUAAUAUCACAGGACGUUCAAAGUUACUCUGAGUAAUAUCUACGUUUGCUUAUUUGUGUUGUAGCAAGUCUUCUGUUAGAUUUCCAGAAUAAUCACUUCCACUUUCAGUCAGUAAGUCGUAAUUUACUCAUUACAAUACUUUUAUAUUUCAGGACAUUGGUCACGGCUUUAUUUACUUUUAUUUCCCUCUCCGUGUGCAUGCUUUAUGUUUCUCCUUUUAUUAGGUUUUUGGUCUUAAGACUUGCUUUAUAUUCCAUUUAUGAUCGUUUAUAUAACAUUAUAUAAUGUACACCUUAAACAAAGCUGCCACCUUAAGAGUGUUGUGUUUCAAAAGGGAGAACGCCAUGCAAACAAGUUUACAUUCAAAUCUUUGUUUUUGUGAAACCAACGUGAACCUGAUUAUUUGUGUGUCAUGUGACUGAAUAGUGGCCUCGUUCUUCAUCUCAGUAUUCAUGUUGGCAGACUUUGAUCGAGGGUAUGAUGUCAUCUCUUUUACUUCUUUUCCUUUUCGUUUCCUUUCCCCUCUUUGCCAAGUUAGACUUUGCUGUAUUCCCAGAUCCUUGUAUAAUAUUUAUAUAUAUAUAAAAAAAAGAAAGUCAAAAGGAAAAAAAAAUGGGCUUAUUUUUCACUGUAGUUAGUCUUUUAUACAAUAAUACUGUAAGAAUAUUUCUUGAAUUCUAAAUAUUACUCUUUCUAGAUUUUUGAAAGCAAAAGUUUUGAGUAAAAAGUUUCUUACUUUAUUUUACUAUAUUAGAUGGUAAAAUGUGACACCACAUUUACAAAGAACAUAGCUGAGUUGUUGCUCGUAGACUUGGACUCACAGCGUCUUAUUCUUCAGUCUCCGUCGUUGAUUGAGUGAUUCAAGAUUUGUUCUCGUGUGAAAUGAAAAGCUAUUGUUGAUGCACAUCAAGACAGAAAGACUGCAGCAAAGACAAUUUGAAUAUUAUGUCUUUUUCAACAGAAAAAACAAUGUAUAUAACAUUUAUGUUGCAAUAAAUGUGCCAUCUUUUUCUAAA